AAACACAAACACAAACACAUUCUCUCUCUCUCUCUCUCUCUCUCUCUCUGUGAAAAAAAAAAAAAAAUUGCUAAUGGUUUAGAAACUCAUACCAUAUUGGAUUACACAUUUUCAUGAUAAACAACAAACCUUCCUCUCUUUUCUGGCUGUCUUUACACUUGUUCCUCUGAGGAAAAAAUCCCUUCUUGGAUCUGCAAAGAUUCCUUUACAGUUUGCAUUCCUAUUACUUUUUGUUUUUGUUUUUUAGACAGUUCCAAGGUAAUGUUGCUCAUUCUAUUGCUGAUAACUCUGAGUAUUGUGUGAAUAUUGUAAUGGGUGUUGACUGUUAGGUUCUUUUGGCACUUCUCUGGUUACCACACAAGGCAUUGUCUGCUUUGUUCUGCAAAGAUCAAUAAGGUUUUUUUGUUUUCUUUUUUGACAAUACUGGCUUUCAAUGUGUUUUUUGUCAACAAUUUGAGAUUUUGGAGAAAACCCAGAAGGUGUAUUGUAUUUACUGAUGUAUUAGGAAGUUUUUCUGGGCUUGGACUUUUUUGAUUGCAAAAGGACAAAUGUGUGGUAGGUAUUCAUUUGAAGCCAAACUUUCUUGUUUUUUGAGCUGUUGUUAGCUGGAGUAAAGUGGGUUCUAAAAGAGAUUUUAUGUGGCAUUGUUGAUAAGUAAGGAGAAGUAAUUUUACACUUGGUAAUUUCCCUUUUUGGAAUGCUGCCAUUGGAAUUUUAUGAAUGAGGAAAGUGCCCUAUUCUCUUAUGGUCUCUAUGGGUUGAAAACAAGUUAAAUUCUCCUUUGUUUUCUGCACAUUGUGAAGGAGGAAAGAAGAAGGAAGAUAAGGUUUAGAUCUUGCAAAACUUGGGUCUUUGAGGUGUCCAAAAUCCCUGAUUCUAAAUUGUGUCACCAGAGAUUUUGUUAGAUAUCUGAUAAAUUGUGAACUGCAAGCACUGGUUGCAACAUGUUUGAAGAGUUUUAGAUUCAAAUUACAUUAAGGAGACUAAAAUUGAUGCAAUUCUCUCAUUUGGAGAAAGAACGUUGGAGGUCUAAGAAGUAGGUGUAUUUUAACUGUGUUAAUAGUUGAGGAGAGGAGGUGGAGAUGGCUGCAAAACUCUUGCAUUCUUUAGCAGAUGACAAUCAAGACUUGCAGAAGCAAAUAGGAUGCAUGACUGGGAUACUUCAACUCUUUGAUCGUCCCAAUGCCCUCACUGGUAGGCGCAUUAGCCACAAGAGGCUUCCUCCAGGUAAUUCCCACUUCAACAGUGGAGGCCUGGAAAGAGAGUCUAAUAAUGUAUACCAUCGACAGGCUGCAACCGAAAUGAAUUUAAACAAGAAUAUGAAUGAGAGACAAAGAAUUUCCACAGAAUCCUCAAGAGUCUCCUUCUCAUCCUCUUGUUCAUCUAACUUAUCCUCUCUGGACUGUAACAAAACAGCUCAACUAGAAACUUCUUCCUUUGAUCAAAUCAUUUUUCCUGAAACUCCCUCAAGGGACCCAGAAAUUAACCAACCAAGUAACUCUCCACAUUUAGGGCAGCAGCCCCUCAAUCUUCGUGAUGUUGUCAAGGAUUCUAUGUAUAGGGAAUCCAAAGGGCUAUCAAUUAAAACUACAACCAGAGAGGAAGCAGUUGGUCGUGCUGUAAAGCAUAGAAACUCUCCAAGGCCUUUACAGCUGUCCAAAUCUGUGGAUGGAUCUCGUGGAGUUGGGGUUAACAUGAAGCAAAAUGCACCUGUUGAUCUCAAGGAGUCUCUUCAAGUACUUGCCAAACUUCAAGAAGAACCUUGGUACCACAAUGAAGCUAAAGAAGUUCCAAUAUCAUCACAUGAAGCAAAAUAUGGGUCAUGGUCUUCAGUUUCAAGGGAUGCUCCCAGGUUUUCUUAUGAUGGGAGAGAGAUAAAUCAUUUAUCCUUGGAAUCAGGAGAAAACCUCAAAUCGACCAUAAAGCUUAAAGAGCUGCCUAGACUUUCACUUGACAGCAGGGAAGGUUCAUUCAGGGGUUCCAACUCUGAUUCAAAACCAAAUCGCCUCUCCAAAAACUUCCAGAAUGGUGGCAACUCAAAUGAUGAAGCCCAUAAUCCACAGCAAUCAUCAGGAACUGGAACUCAGAAGCGGCCUACUAGUGUUGUAGCGAAGUUGAUGGGCUUAGAAACCUUGCCAGACUCUGCAUUGGCUGGUGAUAAUCAGUUGGGUGUGAUCAAAACAUGUUCAGUUGAAGGUACUAGUGAUCCCUUCUCCAAAUCAUCAAAAACAAAUGAGCUUAAUAGGGCAAUCAGAAUGCCAAAGUCCCCCAGAAACUCAUCAAAAGACCCUACAUCCCCACGCUGGAGGAAUUCUGAUUUUGUCAUGAAACCCAUUCCAAGUUCAAGGCUUCCAAUUGAACCAGCUCCAUGGAAGCAGCUCGAUGGAAAUCGAGGUUCUCAGAAACCAGCUUUCAGGCCUGCCAAAAUUCCACCAAGGGCAUCAAACUCCUUCAGUUCUGUUUAUAAUGAGAUUGAGAAGAGGUUGAAUGAUCUUGAAUUUAAACAAUCUGGAAAGGAUCUCAGAGCUCUUAAACAGAUCCUGGAAGCAAUGCAAGCAAAGGGGCUGUUAGAAACCGGAAAAGAAGAACAAGGUUCGAACUUUGGAAUUCAAAGAGACUGUGAACCAAUAUGCACGAGUUCCAAUCAAAAUUCUAGAUCACUAAGCCAACGAAACUCGCAGAGCAACCAUGUUAUUACUUCUCCUAGUAGGGGAUCUAACUCUUCAAGGUCUUUUGAGUCCCCUAUUGUGAUCAUAAAACCAGCUAAACUUGUUGAAGGAUCUGGUAUACCUGACUCAUCAGCUAUUCCAAUUGAUCAGAUUUCGGGUCUGCAUAAGAUCCAGAGUGGUGGAUCUGCAGAGGCAAAAAAGGCUUCAAUUAACAGCCAGACAACUAAAGAUCAGUGUCCUAAAAACAGUCGCCGGAACUCUGAUGUUAGUUCCACUGACAAAAAAGUUAGUGGCAGGAAUAUGAAAUCAACACAGUCUUCGUCAAGGUCUCCACAAUUACCAAAAGAAAACACCACAAGUUCAGUAAAGAGCUCUGGUUCUGGGAGCCCAAGACUGCAACAGAAGAAGCUUGAGUUGGAGAAGCGAUCUCGUCCACCUACUCAUCCAUUUGAUUCAAACAAACCCAGAAUGCAGUCCAACCGGCAUGUGAAAGAUUCAGGCUCCCCAGGUGGAAAAGCCAGACCAAAAUCUUCUAACUUGCAGCUAAGUGAUGACCAGUUGAGUGAGAUAAGUAACGAAUCAAGAAGUUUGAGUUGCCAAGGAGAUGACAUGUCUGUGCAAUCGGACAGUAAUAUUGUCUUGGUUUCAAAGAUAGAGAUUGAAGUCACCAGUACUGCAGAAUCUAUCGAGAUUGAUGGCACCCAGAGUCCAUCCAUGAAGGCUGUCAAGUUCUUGGCUUCUGGCUCAAUGCAGAAAAAAUCAACUCCAAGGAUGGAUGAAGAUGGGUUGUUGGCAGAACUUGCUACUGCUGCCCCGGAACAUCCUAGUCCUAUCUCUGUUCUUGAUGCCUCAGUAUAUAGAGAUGAUGCACCAUCUCCUGUGAAGCAGAUACCAAAUGCCCUUAAAGGUGAUGGUGCUCAAGAUUCUAAUGACAGUCAAAGUGAAGAUCAAUGGAACCCUACAGAUAACUUCUUAUCUAACAGCAUGGGAUCUGGUCUUACCUCGGAGAUCAAUCGCAAGAAAUUACAGAACAUUGAACAUUUAGUUCAGAAGCUUAGGCAACUGAACUCCAAUCAUGAUGAAGCCAGAACAGAUUACAUAGCAUCACUCUGUGAGAAUACAAAUCCAGACCACAGAUACAUAUCUGAAAUUUUAUUAGCUUCAGGCCUCCUACUCAGAGACCUUGGCUCUGACUUGACUACAUUUCAGCUCCACCCAUCGGGCUACCCUAUCAACCCUGAGUUAUUCUUUGUUUUGGAGCAAACCAAGGCAAGCAGUUUGCCCUCAAAAGAAGAUAGAGGUCAUGUAAAGGCUGCCAAUUCAAAGCCAGAGCAGGAGAAAUUUCACCGAAAACUCAUUUUUGAUGCUGUUAAUGAGAUUCUUGUUGAAAAGUUAGCUUUAGUUGGCAAGUGCUCUGAGUCGCGGUUGAAGCGUGACAGACUGGCAAGGAGGACCCUUAGUGCACAGAAGCUCUUGAAAGAAUUGUGCAUUGAGAUAGAGGAGUUUCAAACCAAGAAGUCAGUGGGCAGCUUGGACAACGAAGAGUAUGAUUUGAAAAGUAUCUUAUGGGAGGAUGUGAUGCAUCAGUCAGGGAGUUGGACAGAUUUCUGGAGUGAGACCUCAGGGGUAGUAUUAGAUGUUGAGCGGUUAAUUUUUAAGGACUUAGUUGAUGACAUUGUGAUUGGUGAGGCAGGUAGCUUGCGAGCAAAGUCAGGUAGGCGUAGGCAGCUGUUUGCAAAGUAGUGUCUUCUAAUUCUUCUUCCUUUCCACUUAUAUAUAUAUAUAUUUUAAUUAACUGUGAUUUAUAUUUUUUGUGUCAAAGCAUAAUAAUAUAUGGGUAAGUACUGCAGUUCUCUGCUGGGUUGUAAAGGAAGUAAUCUCUCAAAGUUGUACAACAUACAUAUUCUUAAGUGUCAAUAUAUGUGACCAUUUUUACCUGCAC